ACCUCCUUCUCACAUUUUCUCGAGAAAGAAAAGGAAAAUAUGCCUUCAACAUGCCUCCCUCUGUACACUCCCACAUCUUCAAUCAUAAGAACCUCCACCCCAAGAUCUGCCGGCUUGACUUUCCACCACGCCACCACUCUCAGAAAGUUGCAUGGCAAUAAUUCAAUAACGUGCAAAGCUUCAUCGUCGUCAUCAUCAUCUUCAUUAUCUUCUUUAGUAGAUUUUGAUCUCUAUGAUCUUCUGGGAAUUGAGAGUUCUUCGGAUCAGAGGCAGAUAAAGAUGGCGUACCGGAAGCUGCAGAAGCGGUGCCACCCAGAUAUCGCCGGUCCGGCCGGCCACGACAUGGCCAUCAUUCUCAAUGAAGUCUACUCGGUCCUCUCUGAUCCAAAUUUACGUUUAGCUUAUGAUAAGGAACAAGCUAAGAUUGCAGGGCUGAGAGGGUACACAGGGAAGCCUUUGUAUUCAGUAUGGUAUGGAUCAGAAAGUGAAGAGAGAGCAGUGUUUGUGGAUGAAGUCAAGUGUGUUGGCUGCUUGAAAUGUGCCUUAUUUGCUGAAAAAACUUUUGCCAUUGAAUCUGUUUAUGGAAGAGCCAGGGUUGUCGCACAGUGGGCUGAUCCUGAGUACAAAAUCCAACAAGCUAUAGAUGCCUGCCCGGUCGAUUGCAUUUCGAUGGUUGAGAGGUCGAACCUCGCUGCUUUGGAAUUUCUAAUGUCAAAGCAGCCGCGUGGCAGUGUAAGAAUGAGCGCAGGCAAUGCAGUGGGUGCAUGCGUCUCCAACAUUUUUGUAGAUGUAAAAAAAUUCCAAACUAGAUUUCACGAUGCCAUGGACAAAGCUUCCACACAUGGCUCCAAGGAGAAAGAUGACCAAAGAGAAGCAAGGAUCUCAGCCAUUCAAACGAUCAGAUCAAUCACAAAUUGGUUGUAUUGGCAAGCACCCACUGGAGGAUCAGACUCUGGCCAAAGUCUUAUACGUGUUGCUGGAAGAUUGUCAGGACCAAACAUUAACAAGCUACGGGACGCAGCUGCUGCUAGGAAACAAGCCAGGGAGAGCACAGAAGCAAGAAGCCGGACCAGGCCAAGUUACAUAUAUGAUGCUGAAUACUGGAUUCCAUCAACUCUUGCUCUUCCUGCCACAAACCAGAACAACGAUUUGGCCUCCAAAGCUGCAUCAUCAGAGUCUUCACCACCUAGUAAACAAUGGAAAGGAAAAAGCGAAAAAGAUCAUGGAGUCAGCAAAAACAAUAGGAGGAGUUCCACUAUAUGGCAAAUUCCCUUAGCAACAGCAACAAUUGCAGCUGUUGUAGUGAGAUUCCAAUUGGGAGAAGGAGCUGUUGGCGAAUUGAAAGAGCAUAUAGGCGGCUCAUUAGCGUUGUAUAUUGUUAAUAGCUCUUGGUUACAGGUUGUCCUAGCUGGGGUUACGUGGUAUCUCAUUGGAACCUAUAUGGUGGAACUAUUAGAAGUGAUUAGAAACAGGGACAAGGUGUAGGAAAAAUUUGGAAGACAGGCACUUCAGAACAAUGGUAAACAAAGUUAAUUGAUACACCAGCAUUGUUAUUGAAUGUUGUACGCUAAUUAUUUGGGCACAGGUUUGGCUCAACACCUCAAUUGGCAACUCACUAGCUAUGUUACUGCUCUCAAUACAAAUAUGUAUGGCUGCAUUGUUCUUU